AUGCAACAAUGGCCACUUGCUUUGGUCUGCAAUGCAAGGGUUGAACGGGUAGUUCAGGCGGUCUCAGCGACUACCCAUUAUCUCACAGUCAUGCCGAUGUUAUUCGCUGAUGGCCACCUGGGCGACAAACUGUUUGUGGUGCUACAGGAAAGGCAAGGAUUGUUCCCUAACAGAGGACACUUCCAGGCCCACAAUCUUGAAGUCUGCGCCCACGUCACUCAUAUGAUGACGAAAGAGCUACUCAUCAAAUGGGUUAAGACUUGCCUGGCGCCCACAGAUGCACCAUCAAACAUACUAUUAUUGGUCGACUCUUGGACGGCCUUUAAGAACCAUAGCGCUAUUGCGGCAGCUGUGCCUAGCGGGAAACACGUAAAAAUAAUGAACAUC